AUGUUACAAAUAUUUCUAAUCGGAUCUGGAUUUGGUUAUUCGAUGAUCGGAUGUUCGAAAAAGAAAACAGUAGCGGGACCUGUGAAGAAAGAAGUUGAAAAGACAGUGAAAAAAGAGGAAUCUGUAAAACAACCCGAAGUCAAGCCAGAAGUCAAACCAGAACCACCAAUUGUGAAAAAUGAAAGGCCAAAAAAGGAAUUAUCGAAGAAAAAGGAAAAAGAAGAAGCAAUCAAAUUAUAUCGAAAUGUUAAACCAACUCCAAUAGGUCCUAAAGCUUAUAAAGGUUUUCUACAAGUGUUUGGAGAACGAUUUCGAUCCACGGUAACUUAGAAACACGCAACGCAGACCGCGCCGCGCGCCACAACACACACAAAAAGGGAACGAUUCAAAUUCCCUCCCUUUUUUGUGUGUUGUGACGCGCGGCGCGGUCUGCGUUGCGUGUUUAUUUCGGUGAGAUUUUCGAUAAUAGCAAGGCAACCUUUUGAAAAGCACUAUUUUCAGAUACCAUUUCAAGAAGAAGGAAAAGUAUUUGUAAACUUUGAUAUGGAAGGUCAUUACGGAUUGCAACACCCAAGAUUCAAAGCAUUUGAUGCGAAUCCAACGCGAAAUCGAUACAAAGAACUGAAAUGUAUGGAUAGCUCUAGAGUUGUUCUCGAAAAUCGAAAAAACGAUUAUAUUAAUGCGUCAUGGGUGGUUUGUGAUGUUGAUGAAUAUCGAGGAAAGAAUAUAUUGACACAAGGACCACUUCCGAAUACGAUUUCUGAUUUUUGGGCAAUGAUUUAUCAAGAAAAAGUGGAAUAUAUUGUUAUGUUUUGUUCAUUUAUUGAAAAUGGAGUUGAACAAUGUGCAAAAUAUUAUCCAACUAAUGAAGGAGAUGAGAAAUAUGAUAAUUUUGAAGUGAAAUAUGUUGAAAAAGAGAAAGAUCCAGUUGAAGGUGUAACUUGGAAUGUUUUACAUUUGUUUGAUAAAAAUUCAAAUGAAUCGAAACCAAGAAGAGUUAACCAUAUUUAUGUAUCUUGGUGGGCUGAAAAUACAACACCUGAUGAUCCGAAAUUGACAAUUGAAUUGUAUAAAUGGUUGAUAAAUAAAAAUGAAUCACAUAUUCCAAUGGUAUUUCAUUGUAAUAAUGGAAUUGGAAGAUCCGCCACUUUUGCAUCGAUUUAUUUUAUUCUUCGAAUUGAUAUCGAUUACUGGACCUUAGGUUAUCAUAGUGAGUUGAUGUUUGAACACAGGGAAAAUUGAGAACCAAAAUUAUUUCAGCCGAAAUGUCACAUGUUUUGCUGCGAAACUUUCGGAUGUUUCGUCAUGAGGCAAUUGAAUCACCACUUCAAUCCACAUUUUUUUAUUGUUGUCUUUUGGAAUAUUUUUUUGAAGAAGGAAAAUUGAAAGGAAGUAAACAAAUUGAUCAAUUUAUGAGUGAUUAUAAAAAAUAUGCACAAGAAGUACGAGAAUGUUUGAGAACAAACAAGCCGAUUAAAAUCGAUAUUUUCAAACAACAUUCGAUGAGAACUGCGAAGAUCUUGAAGAAAGAGAAAACCGAAAAGUCGGAAUGGAGUUGA